GGCUUAGCGCGGAGACCUUGGAACGCCGAGAGCGGGUCGCGGUCGCUUUUUUUUUUUUUUCCCUCUCUCCCCUCGGUGGGGGGGGGAGCGCCAAAAGACCGGAAGCGAAAAACGGGGAAACGGAAGUGGGGGAAUUACAGGGACGGCCAUGCGGAAAUCGAAGCUGAAGGUGACACGGAGGUCAUGAAACAUUUAUCGGCAGCGACUUUUGGUUCCUGAAAGCAACACAAUUCACCCAGAGUAAGAGAGCCGAAAGUGUCACAAAGUUGAAGGGGAAUCCACGAUGCCUCACAUAGAUAAUGACAUUAAACUGGACUUCAAAGAUGUCCUUCUCAGACCAAAACGGAGUACCCUCAAAUCCCGGAGCGAGGUGGAUCUCAUGAGGUCCUUCACCUUCCGUAACUCCAAGCAGACGUACAGGGGGAUACCCAUCAUCGCGGCCAACAUGGACACGGUGGGGACCUUUGAGAUGGCCAAGGCCUUGUACAAGUUCUCUCUCUUCACCGCCAUCCACAAGCACUGCGCUUUGCAGGAGUGGAAGGAAUUCGCAGCUCAGAAUCCAGAUUGUCUCCAGAACGUGGCUGCCAGCACCGGUACUUCCGACUUGGAGCACUUGGAGCAAAUCCUGGAGGCCGUGCCCGAGAUCCGGUAUAUCUGCCUGGACGUGGCCAACGGCUACUCCGAGCACUUCGUCCAGUUCUUGAGGGAUUUGCGGAAGCGGUUCCCUGAUCACACCAUCAUGGCCGGGAACGUCGUCACGGGCGAAAUGGUGGAGGAGCUCAUCCUGUCGGGCGCCGACAUUAUCAAAGUCGGGAUCGGACCAGGCUCCGUUUGUACCACCCGGAAGAAAACCGGGGUGGGUUACCCUCAACUCAGCGCCGUCAUGGAGUGCGCGGACGCGGCCCACGGCCUCGGUGGACACAUCAUCUCGGACGGAGGCUGCCAUUGCCCAGGGGACGUGGCCAAAGCUUUCGGUGCUGGUGCAGAUUUUGUGAUGGUGGGAGGCAUGUUGGCUGGACACACCGAAUCCGGAGGGGACCUGAUUGAAAAAGAAGGCAAGAAAUACAAGCUGUUUUACGGCAUGAGCUCCGAGGUAUCCAUGAAGAAAUAUGCUGGAGGAGUGGCUGAAUAUCGGGCAUCGGAAGGCAAGGUGGUGGAAGUGCCCUUCAAGGGAGACGUGGAGCACACCUUGAGGGACAUCCUGGGCGGCAUCCGCUCCACCUGCACCUACGUGGGCGCUGCCAAGCUGAAGGAGCUGAGCCGCAGGACCACUUUCAUCCGCGUCACCCAGCAAGUCAACCCCAUCUUUGGGGGGGAGGAUCAGCCUUGAGAAGGGCCCUUGUUCCCUUCCCCAACAGGCUGCUGGGGAGUUCAUACCUCUCAUGCCCCCCCCCACUUCUAAUCCCCAAAUGCCAAUCAAGGCAGGAGGGCCCUUUCCUUUAGAAACAGGUCGAUUCCUCUAUGGUAGAGAAGCCAGCAACCUCCUUUAGGUCUUCUUCGGCUUAUUCUAAGUGCACCAAAGCUCACUUUGUCACACUUUUUUCCAUUCCGUGGAAGGCAUUCCCUGCCAAGAGCACUGAUGGCGUUCCCUAGUUGGGUCGUGCAACAUCUGCAAGAAAACCACCAGGCUCAGAGGGCACCAAGGACCCCACAGCCCUCCUCCUCUCUGUAAACCUCACUCUCUAACACUGAUGAUGUUACCUAGAUAGGUCACGAAACGGCUGCAAGCAAACAGCCAAGCUGAGGGGCACCAAGGACCCCCACAGUCGUCGUCCUCCUCUCCACACACCUCGCUCCCUUCUAACACUGAUGAUGUUACCUAGUUAGGUCAUGAAACGUCUGCAAGGAAACAAGCUCAGAGGUCCAAGGACCCCACAGUCCUCCUCCCCACUCCCCCCUUUCUCCUCUCCACAAACCCCACCCCCUUCUAGCACUGAUGAUGUUACCUAGUUGGGUCAUGAAACAGCUGCAAGCAAACAGCCAAGCUCAGAGAGCACCAAGGACCCCACAGUCGUCGUUCCCUCCACAAACCCCAGUCUCUCCUUGCCAGGGGUGGGAUUCAAAAAUUUUAGCAACCAUGUUGUGUCUGCGCCCCCCACGAGCCGGGCCCCCUGCCAGAAAGUGACUUGGAAAGUGAGGGGGAAGGGCCGUCAGGACUUACCUCGGGAGCACCGGCUUCCUUGGCUCAGCUCCAGGAGCCAGAGGCAGGCCAGGUGGAGGAGAUAACGAGGCCUCCAUCCCCUGACUCUUCCCCCCCCAGGCCACGCCUCCAGACCCAGCUGAUGGCAAUCAGGCCUGGCUGGACCCUAGGUUUCGUAGGCAGGAGAGGCGGGAACAACAGAAGCAGGGGUGGGGCAGGCCUAGGAAGUGCUGAGUCAUGGAGCCACACCCCACAGGAUAUAAAGGCAGCAAGAGCUGCUGUGCCUCUUCGUAGCAGGCAAAUCAACUGCUUGACUAGAGCUGAAGUACUGUUUGUUGACUCAUUGGCAUCAAGGGAGAUAACAGAGACACUUGGCAGACGCGCGCUAGUUUGCUGCCAGAGCUGAUAGUGCUGGCUAAUUAAGUCAUCACUUGGACUGAGGCGAGGGGGACAGAACAAACCAGUUCUCUGCCAAGUUGAUAGGUGGGUGUGGCCUACUUAGCCUCCUGCACCAUGGCAGUGUGAGGGGGGAGAUUUUUGCCCUCCCCAGGAUCCCAGGGCUUUGUUUGAGCUUCCGGGAGGGCGAAAACAGCCUCCCCUGGGCUCUGGAGGCCCUCCGGAGGCUGGAAAUGGGUCUGUUUCCAGACUCCUGAAACUUCCAGGAGGCCCGGUUUUUUGCCCUCCCAGAGCCUCCAUGCGGGUCCAGUGCUUCCCUGGCAUUCAAAAUGGGCCGCGUGGAGACUCCGGGAAGGGGAGGGGCCAGCCAGUUCUUGCAACUACCGGUUUGGUGAACCAGAUGUAAAAUUAGGGAUCCGGUUCUUC